AUGCCUGCCUAUGGUUCAGGCUGUGAUAUAGUGAUCUUGGCCAGUGAUUUUGAGUGUGUUCAGAUCAUCCCUGGGGCUCAAAAUGGCAACAUCCAGGUGGGCUGUGUUGAGUGCUCCCACCAACUGGGCAGGAUUGCUGCUUCCUAUGGGAACACAGUGUGUAUCUUUGAACCAUUCGCUACCAACCCAAACAAACGCCACAAGCAGCUUAACUACCAGUGGAGAAAGACAGGACAGUUCUUCCUAAAUGCUGUCACCUAUAACCUGGCCUGGGACCCACAAGGGAACCGUAUUCUGGCAGCUACAGAGCACCUGCAGCUGUGGGCCCCUCCGUCAGCAGACACACUGAUAGAGGAGGAGGAUGGACCCGUGACCGAUGACAAACCUCACCCUGCCCUCAACGACUGGAAGUGUGUUUGGCAGUGCAAGACUGCAAUGUCUGUUCACAUCACCAAGUGGUCUCCUGAUGGGGAAUACUUUGCAACAGCCGGCAAGGAUGACUGUCUGUUGAAGGUGUGGUACCCCACCACUGGGUGGCGCUCUGCUGUGGUGCUCCCAGACCUCCCAGAUAAGAAAGGCCCUCAGGUCCACUUCUCCUUUAUAUACCUGGCCCACCCCCGCUCUGUCACCGGCCUGUCCUGGAGGAAGACCAGCAAAUACAUGCCCAAGGGUAGUGUGUGUAAUGUGUUGUUGACGUCGUGUGAGGACGGUGUGUGUAGGUUGUGGUCUGAGACAGUGCUGCCAGAGGACAGUAUCCUGGGUGGUCAGAUCACUGAGAACACAUACAGCUCCAGCCUGCCAGGCCUGGGGGGCAAGGACAAGAUACAGCACGCCCUGGAG